GCUCGCUCAGCAUAGAGCUCAAUCUGAAUAUUGAAAACAGUUUCGCAGUAUUGUGGCCGUCGGCGAAGUGAAAGUGAUAAUUUUGUGAAGAUGCUUGGUGAGAUAUGCGCGCCGUGUUUGGAUAAGGCACCAGAAAAGUAUGACGAUCGUUUGGCCGAAAUGGAUGAGUUUUUCACGCGACUCGCCAGGGAGUUUAUUCGCGAAGAUCCUGAGAUCCGGGAGCAAUCGCUCAGGCAGCUGAGGGAUUGGAUAGCGAAGCAUCCCUACAUCAAGAAGGUUCGCACAGAUGCGCCCUUUCUGUUAAGAUUUCUUCGCACGAAAAAGUAUAACUUUAUCAACUCCUCAAAGAUGCUCGAACGGUAUCUUGCGGCACGUGUUCUACACAGAAAGUGGUUUAGUCAGUUAUCUUUAGAUGAGCCGGAUCUUUGUGCACUGGUCGAUGCGGGUUAUCUGUUUCCGCUUCCGGAGCGCGACAGCAAAGGAAGGACUCUAAUAUUUAGCAAUGGUUCGGGUGUGGAUCCGACCAAAUUUUCUGGCGUCCAUGCGUGCCGAAUCCAUAUGCUAAUGGCCGAGAUGUUGCACGAUUUGAACGAGGUUCAGUGUGGAGGAUUUGUGCUCAUUUACGAUUUCUCUAAAAUCACGUUGGCUCAUGUGAAUAUUGUGUCCUUCAGCGAGAUGCGAAUGAUGGCGCGGGUGCUCAACAACGCAACACCGAUGCGAACACAAGAGGUUCACAUCGUAAACACACCCGGAGUGGCGGUGACAGUCGCCAAUUUUGCACUACAACUGGCAAACGAGAAGCUGAGGAGCCGCGUUUUUUGUCAUCGCAACUGGGAAGAACUGUACGCCAAGGUGGACAGGAAUCUGCUGCCGAAAGAGUAUGGCGGAAAAAUUUCGCAAGCGGUGUUGAUCGAGAACUUCAAGAAUCGCUGUCGUGAAAUGCGGCCGUACCUGUUGGCACAUGACGAGAUGGACAUGGAGAUCGCUACGGAUUCGGAAUACUGGAAGGAAACUUCCGAUGCCGAGUUGGAGAGUGGUGCGAUUGGUACUUUCCGCAAGUUACAGGUGGAUUAACGCUGUUUUGCAUAAAUGCACAAUUCAAUAUUCCUAUAGAGUAGUUGGAAGAAGUGAAGAAAUAUGUGCAGAAACCUUUAUUGACUAUGUGGCCCACGCACGUGGAAUGGAAAAUGUACUUGAUAAUAGUGAUAAGAGAUAUAUGUGAAAAAUACUGUCUACGGAUUAUACAAGAUUCUAAUAAAUAAAUGUUCUAAAUCGU